GCUGUGUCACUGACACGAGACCCAGGCCAACAUCGCCAGGGCCGCUUCGGAAAAUAGACUCAUCUGCCUUGAUCCGCCGCUUAUCCGGCUAUCCAUACCCCUCCCCUUUCUCCUCCUCUGUCCCCCAAUCUCCAGUCGCCCUCUGCGCUGUCAACGGCACGUAGUUGAAACUCAGACCUGCCCGGAGAUCUGCCACCAAACACAUCAAACUGGAAUACUGGGGCCGUGCUGCGAGAGUAAACCAAUAAAGGGAAGGAAUUACAACAGCGCCGAGGGACAAAGUAGUCGAGGAGGGAGAAAAGCAGCGGAGAUACCCGUAAAUAUUCCAAAAACCGAGGAGCAAUGAGUCGCAGCAUAGUGCGCCAGAGUAAGUUCAGGCACGUCUUCGGCCAGGGGGCGAAGGCGGAGCAGUGCUACGAUGACAUCCGCGUCUCCAAGGUGACGUGGGACAGCUCCUUCUGCGCCGUCAACCCCAAGUUCCUGGCCGUCAUUGUGGAAUCGAGCGGCGGGGGGGCCUUUCUGGUGCUGCCCCUCUCCAAGACAGGUCGCGUGGACAAGAACUACCCGCUGGUGGUGGGGCACACAGGCCCCGUCCUGGACAUCGACUGGUGCCCUCACAACGACAACAUCCUGGCCAGCUGCUCCGAGGACUGCACUGCCAUGGUGUGGCAGAUUCCUGACCACACCCCAUCGCGACCGCUGUCAGAGCCCAUAGUGACCCUGGAAGGGCACUCCAAACGCGUGGGAAUCGUCAGCUGGCACCCAACGGCCCGGAACAUUCUCCUCACCGCAGGCAGCGAUAACCUGAUCAUCAUCUGGAACGUGGGAACGGGGGAGCCCCUGAUCACCAUGGACGACCAUCCCGACCUCAUCUACAACGUCAGCUGGAACCGCAACGGGAGCCUCUUCUGCACCACCUGCAAGGACCGCAGGCUCCGCGUCUGUGACCCCCGCAAGAGGGAGGUGGUGGCGGAGAGGCUGGCCCCUCACGAGGGCAUCAGGCCUAUGCGUGCCAUCUUCACCAGGGACGGGAACAUCUUCAGCACAGGCUUCACCCGCAUGAGUCAGAGAGAGCUGGGUCUGUGGGAUCCGACAAAUUUUGAGGAGCCCAUCGCCCUGCUGGAAAUGGACACAAGCAACGGAGUCCUCCUGCCUUUCUAUGAUGCUGACGCCAACAUUGUUUACCUGUGCGGAAAGGGCGACAGCAGCAUCCGCUACUUCGAGAUCACGGACGAGCCCCCCUACGUCCACUACCUCAGCACCUACAGCAGCAAGGAGCCCCAGAGGGGCAUGGGCUUCAUGCCCAAGAGGGGCGUGGACGUCAGCAAGUGUGAGAUCGCCAGGCUAUACAAGCUCCACGAGAGGAAGUGUGAGCCCAUUAUGAUGACCGUGCCCAGAAAGUCGGACCUGUUCCAGGAUGACCUGUACCCGGACACCGCGGGCCCAGAGCCGGCUCUGGAGCCAGAGGAGUGGAUGGAGGGCCGAGACGAGGAGCCGGUGCUGGUGUCCAUGAGGGAGGGCUACAUUCCCCCGAAGAGCAGGGAACUCAAGGUGGCCAAGAAGAACGUUCUGGACACGCGGGCCACGCCCCGGAGAAGCAUGUCUUCCUGCGACGGCAGCAGCCUGCCGGUGGGUUAUACUAUGCCUCAGUUACUAGAGAAGUUGCUGGAGGAGGUGCAGAACCUGAAGGCCACAAUUCUGUCUCAGGAAAAGCGAAUCUGUGACCUUGAGAACAAGCUCUCCAAAUACACCAACGGCACCGCCUAACUCCACCGCUCGCCCCCUCCCGCCACCUCAUUUAAGUAGCAGCACUACACCCACCCACUGUAGACACCCCAAAAUCCCCUUAGCAUAGCACUGCGUGACCUGACCCCAUCCAUCUCCUACUGUCCCUAAAGUGCACCCAGUUAAACCCUGUUGCCCUGUAGUUUUUUAUCCUGGUGAAAUAUGGGUAAAGUAUGUCACUGAAGCUUACAAUGGCAGUAGUGUGCGUCCCGCCCGCCUCUUAAUGACUCCCGGGUCACAAGUUCGGAGCCCUGAUGUCUCUACUCUGCAGGUCUCACUUAUACCUCAGCACACAAACUCCUCCAGCCCCUGACUCAUGCCAGUUGCCCACCAACAGGACAGAGACCGGACGUCUUCACAGCCUUUCAAAGCCACGAACAGAGCGUUGUAAAUAUUAUACAAAACGAAAAAAAAGGAAAAGUCGAAAAAACCAAAAAAGAAAUUGCUUAAAAAAA